AUGGAGAACCAAACUGUUAAUAUGGACCGUAUAUCCAUCGAGGGGUUAAAGGUCACGUCCUCCUCUUCAGUCCCAGCCUUCGUCCUCCUCCUCCUCACCUACAUCUUCAUCAUGGUGUCCAACCUGGGCCUGGUGGUGCUGAUCUCCAUGGAUCGCAGCCUGCAGCAGCCCAUGUACCUGCUCUUCUGCAACAUGAGCGUUAACGACGUGUUCGGGGCGACCGCCAUCAUCCCUCGCCUGCUCAGCAGCAUCUUCACUCCCAUCGCCGAGCGCUACGUCUACUACAUCAGCUGCGUGGUGCAGGCCUACGCCGCGCACUUCCACGCCGGCACCUCCCACACCGUGCUCAUGGUCAUGGCGUUCGACCGCUACGUGGCCAUCUGCAACCCGCUGCGGUACGCCACCAUCAUGACCAACAGGAUGGCGGUGAAGCUGUCGGCGGGGGCGUGGCUGGUGGCCUUCUUCCUGGUGGCGGUGCUCCUGAGCCUCGCCAUCCGUCUGACGCGUUGCCGGCGAGUCAUCGUCAACCCGUUCUGUGACAACGCCUCCUUGUUCAAGUUGUCCUGUCAGAACCUCCUCGUCAACCACAUGUACGGCCUCAGCAGCGCCGUGCUGCUGCUGGGCUCGUCGCUCUGCAGCGUCACGCUCACCUACCUGAGGAUCGCCAUCGUCUGUCUGAGCAGCAAGAACAAGACUCUCAACAGUAAAGCGCUGCAGACCUGCGCCACACACCUGUCCGUCUACGUCAUCAUGCUGGUGGCGUCCUUCACCCCCAUGAUCAUCCACCGGCGGCCCGAGUGGGCGGACAGCGGGAAAGUGGCGUCCGUCCUGUUCCACGUGGUGCCCCCGGCCCUGAACCCCCUCAUCUACGGACUGCAGUGCAAAGAGCUCCGACAGAAGAUCGUCAAAUUCUGCAGGACUGUGUAAAGGUUUCUCAGCUCAGAGAAAAAAAUAUUUAGCCCACACUAAAAUCUACAGAGAUUAUCCUCAAUUAUUUUAUAGGGUUUUUUUUUUUUAAAUCUCUAAUUCUCUCAUUGACACAUAUGGAUGUAUUGGGGUUUCAUGAUAAUGUUUCACAGAUUUUAAUUGAUUAAUCUUGUGGUGUUGUAAUUGAAUAUUCAUCUGUUAAAAAGUAUUAAACAUCAUGCUG